GAAUGUUUAGCCUCAGUUCGAACGCACGGCUCGAACUCUGAGUUCUUGAAACAAACCGUCCGCACGAGGGGCGACAUUAGGCGCGGGCGCUGAGGCUCUGGGGCUGGAGACCCGGUUCCCGCCACUUUCUCUGGUUACUGGCGCUGUAGUCUUCUUUCUGUGUUGGUCCGGUCGCCUUGGGAACCCGAGCUCGUGGAAAGGCUGUGCUCUGGCUUGGACGGAAGGUGGCCUUUCUGCUGCACCCACCGAUGUUCCUGGGUUGUAGGUGAACGAUCAGGCCUACCGUUUCAUCCUUUUAAAUUUAGAGGCAGAAAGGGAAUUCGAGAUGGGACUUGCUUGUGUACCAGCUGAUGAAAGGUUGUAAGAUUAUUUGAGAGUUGGAGCUGAAUCGGAAUAUAAUGGCAACAGGUGACUUAAAAAGAAGCUUGCGGAAGCUAGAACAAGUGCUUCGUUCACUAAAUUACCCUAAUGAGGUGGAUUAUGUCGGCCUGAUGAAGGGAGACACAGCAGCAUCCUUGCCCAUCAUCAGCUACUCUCUUACCUCAUACUCCCCUUAUGUAGCAGAACUUAUGAUGGAAUCCAGUAUAGAGCUCAUAGCCAAGAACGACGUGCGCUUUACGGAUACUGUCUAUAAGCUUCUUCGUGAUCAAUUUGAUUAUAAACCAAUUUUGACAAAAAAGCAGUUUAUACAGUCUGGAUUUGCUGAAUGGAAAAUUGAAAUUGUCUGUGAUAUAUUGAAUUGUGUGAUGAAAAAACACAAGGAAUUGAUUGGCCUUGACAAGAAUUCAUCAUGCCAGAGGAAGAAGAACAUUUCUGAGAAGCCAGAACCUUGUUCAAACAGUGAGAAACGCCCUGCAGAGGCUGUUGGCAUUGACAUCACGGGCAGGUUCAGGACAUCAGGAAAGAAGAAAGCUGUGGUGAUCCGUCACCUCUACAGUGAAGAGAAGGUUGGCAUUCCUGAAGGGACGGUAACCUCAACAGAAGUGAGUGGAGGCUGCGAGGAUUCGUCAGAGCAGAGUUCUGACAUUCGAAUCCCAGAGGAGCCGGCCCGUGCGGUCAAGACUGAGCUGCAAGAUAUGUGUGAUAAUCCUGAGAUUACCGCACUGCAGAUCGCACUGGCUGAAUGUCAAGAAAAGCUGAAGCAGCUGACUUGGAUAGAGAAACGGCUUGAGCGUCUGGAAGCUACAACCAACGGGAAAGUGAUGGUCGAUGAGAAGGCCUGGAAUAACCUUCUAAGCCGAGUCACUCUUCUUGAAACAGAGAUGCUGUUGUCUAAAAAGAAUGAAUCUGUAGAGCAUAAUAUGGCAAGUCAAGACUAUGAGUCAACUAGUGAUGUGGAUGUUGUGCCGUAUGAUAAAAACUACAGUGUGGGAGGACCAGCAAGUAACUAUCGCUCGUCUGGCUGUAGUACAGUAUCGUUGGAAACAGCGCCCAGGAGCUCCACUAUUAAUUAUUGUGUCUUGAGAGAAUUUUCAGAGGAAACAACUAUCCAGAAAAUGGAAAGGAUGAAAAAAAUGUUUGAAGAGACGGCAGAGUUACUGAAAUGCUCGAGUCGCUAACUGUAGAAUGUUCUGGAUAAACAAACGUUCCUAGGACUUUUGCUACUUAUAUAUAUUCUAUAUUAAGAAUUCUGUGUAUAAUUUUAAUAUACUAUAAUUUUUAUUAAGGAUUUGAAUUCUACUUGAUAUGUGAGUUUUUUUCAUUCUUAAAUAAAUACUUUUAAUGUUUUAAGCUA